AUGGAUGAUAUGUCAGUGACGCGAGCAGAGAGGGCUACUAACGAACGAGCAGCCUUCAGAUGGUCGACUUGUUGGACGGGAAAAACUGGAGUAGUUCUGAUAAUAUGCAUAUUUCUAAUUUUAUCGUGUGUUGUGGCGCUGUCGUUUCUGCUUAUCUUGCUCGGUCUGUCAAAAUCCUGCAGGACAAAUAGGAUAGAAGAAUGUAGACAAUCAGUGGCAGCAAAAGUCUGUGGAGGUGUAUUCAUCGGUUUAUUCUUUUUGGGCGGUGUCUGCACCAUAAUAUUUUUCCACAAAAGACGGAGAAAACGGAGCUCAUGUGAAGUUGCUGUCUCCAGAAUUCCGGCAGAAGACUUGGAAAAAUCACCAUCUCCAUUGUCACCUUCUAAUCAUUCUCCUCACCGUUCACCGUUUGGUGAAGCUUCCUCGUUGGCUUUGCCUGACUAUUUCACCGUAGUUCAAAAUGCUCAAGAAGUUUCUUCUCAAUUCAAUGCGGGAUUUUGGACGGAAGAUAUUGAUGGCUCUGAUGAUGAAAACCCGCCACCGUGUUACGAACAAGCGCUUAAAAUGACAAAAUUAUCUGCAACUUCAACCGACCCAUAA